GUCGCGUCCUACUUUUAUCUACGAGUAAGUGCAGUGCCAUGGUAUUCACGUCGGUCAAUUGGCAUAGGACGGAAGCUGAGUGAUAUGGUACCAUUGGACGAUCCUAGCAUUCAACUAUUGUGUUUCUGUUUCGUCUAAGCAGAUUAUAGUCAUCCUACGCCGGCGUCCAAUCAGCUACGUUUCUACUCCUACAUGAAAUGAAGCUGAGCUAAUACUGACGACCUACGCACUCGUCACAUAAAAGACGAAUGCCAAGCUUAUAAACUGGUGAGAACCAGCCGUUGUGCGACGUAAAUUCAACAGGAUUUAGGAAAGGGCUUGAACCUCGUCCAAGACAACCUGAAAGUAAUCACGACUUUUAAGUGAUUAUGAAACACCUGCAGUCUAUUAAAAAGAACGACCAUGGCCACUUGAUGUGCUCGUGACGAGCGUCUGUCCUCUACGUGCCCUUCAACAGAUGACUCGUCAGCCUUCCCCAUUUUGAUUUAAACAACAUUCAUUGCUGAUGCUGGUAACCUCUAAUGAUUUACAUGCUUUUAUCAUUUACAAUUGCAUAAUAACAGACUUCCUAGCACAAGUGAAUGAACCACGGACACCAAAACUCCUUUGUCCAUUUGUGCACUUGCUCUUUCUGUGUUUUUUCCCACCAUUUUCCCCAGACUGCUUGGAUGUGUCAGCACCACCGUCUUUUAUGGCAACUACAAUCACGAGGCGUUUGUUAGCGGUGGUAUAAAUACAAGAAGAAAGGAGCCCCGCCUGGAUGUCUUCAGUCGCCAGUCGACUCUUGCUGGCUACAUACCGCUGCAAAAAAAAACGACACUUUCUUUAGCACCAACAUGAAGGCCAACAGCAUGACGUUCCUCCUAGUCUUGAUGGCUGCUGUCCUUUUGGCGUCUUCGAAACCGACGAAUAUCGGAGAGACGGACAUUGUCACCGAAAUUGUACGAGCCAUGGAGGCACGUGAGGAAAUGUGGAGAGUCGUCAGCUACUUGAAAGCCUCUCGUGACGGCCUGCUGAAAGAAUUUCCGCUCUUCACCGCUGAUGGAACACAACAAAGUUACACUUUCUUUGCUCCGACGUCGUUUGCUUUCACGUUGCAAACUCCGCAAGAUACGGUCGAUCCGCUCUUUGUCGAUGACGACCUCCGUCUCAGAGUUCUGAUUCGUCAUUUCGUACGCUCACCUGUCUCUUCUAAUGAUUUGGCCAAAUUGGACAAACUCGUCAUGGCCGAUUCCAACGAGGUAGUUCUCACGUAUCAAAAUAGUAAUGAAGUGUGCAGCCUGCCACCUGUCGAUCGCACAGAUGUCGCGUGUGAGGCUUACAUGCCGAUGUGGACGUUCACGUCAGUGACGGGCAAAUGCGAGAGCUACGUCUAUGGCGGUUGUUUCGGAACAGCCAAUCUUUUCAGAACGGAAGAGGAUUGUUUGUCAGCAUGUGGCCCAACUGCCAAUACGAGGACACGGUUGAUUAAGGAUGCGGAAAUCCAGCCGGAAGCCAUCCAUUUACCGCAAGACAUUGGUGUUGUCUACAUCGUUGGACGUGUCUUUAUGGAUGGCGACGAGGUCAGCGAGGCGAUUUCUUCUCAUUUUAAGCGCAAUCCCAAUUCGGUGCUUUGUCUUGGCCUUCCUUGCUCACCUGGCGAAUCACCAACGCCAGUUGACGAUGAAGUGGCGCUCGAUAUCCGCAAUACUCCGCUGGCUCCCCCACCAGACACUCCCACGCCGGUCGGUGGCUUCACUACCGUAUCGACCAACGAACCUGACGUCCAAGAGAUUGCCGAAUUUGCCACCAAGGCCAUGAGUCAGGGUGCCAAUCGGGAAUACCCAAUCACGUUGGUUAAGAUAGUCAAGGCCGAGAAACAAGUUGUGGCCGGAUAUAAUUAUCUCCUUGUGUUAGAAUUGAAGGAAAACCCCGUGAAUGAUGCUGUCGUCGUGUGUGACGUGACCGUCUUUGAUCAAUCAUGGACGUCCACUCGUCAAAUCACUUCGUUUCAAUGCGAUCCUAGCUUGUCUAUUGCUCCCGAAAUUCAAUUUGAAUUGGCGCCCUUAUCUUAAGUUUGUUGUCGAUGAGUGUCCUAUAUUCUUUCUUGUUUUGUCGGCAAAGACAGACCAUGUGAACCGGAAGUUGUUCCUCUCUCUUGUGACUUUCUUAACGUUGAGUCUAAACGAAUUCAAUACAAGGUGUUCCAGACGUCCAA